GCGUCAUAACAUGGUUGGAAUAGAUUGGCGAGUGAGAAAGUAUUGAGCAAGGAAUUCCUUCCUGAGGUCUUCCUGAACCGCCAUGUCGAAUGGCGAACAAUCGCCGUUGCUAGGCGAGGGUCCCUCUCUCGGCCAGCAAGCUAGGAUCUACCGCCGUGCCCCCGUUGCACGGGCCACAAUCUAUGGCAUUUUGACCGCGGUGUUCGUCGUGGCGCUUAUCCUCGGAAGCGUCUACUGGGAGAAGCUUGGUGGGUAUGUGGGCCACUUGCCAAAAGACCCUGAGAAAGCAGCCAAGAGGUUGCUUGAUGUCGCGCCCAUCAUCGAUGGACAUAUCGAUCUACCUAUCCUUGCUCGCUCACGCUUCAGAAAUAACGCAACCGCUGUCGAUUUGAAUGGCGAGCUAUAUGGACACGUUGAUAUUCCCCGCUUGAGGAAGGGGCAGGUUGGCGGUUUCUUCUGGUCCACUUAUGUCGGCUGUCCGAAGGAAGACCAAGUCGGCGAGGAUUAUCUGAACGCGACUUGGCUGGUCCGAGACACUCUCGAACAAAUCGACAUCGCGAUGGAACUUAUCCAGAAAUAUCCUAACACGUUCGAAUUUGUCGGGACUUCCACUGAUGUAAUGUCAGCAAUCAGGCGGGGCAGGAUAGCAAGUCUCUUAGGUGUCGAGGGCGGACACCAACUCGGAAACUCCAUCUCUGUCUUGCGGCAAUUCUACCGGCUUGGCGUUCGCUAUGUCACUCUUACACAUACCUGCCAUAAUGCUUUCGCGGACUCAUGUGGCAUGGAGCCAGGCAUUAAGCCCAGGUGGAAUGGAUUAAGCUCGCUUGGCAAGGUUCUUAUCGAGGAGAUGAACCGUAUCGGCAUGCUGGUCGACUUAAGUCACACUUCAGACGACACCGCACGCCAGGCUCUCAGACAUUCUAAGGCUCCAGUCAUCUGGUCGCACUCAUCCGCUCGUGCCGUUCAUGACGUCCCACGUAACAUACCAGAUGACGUUCUUUCUCUUAUUGGUACAGAUGACACCCGGACCGACGCUGUCGUUAUGGUCAACUUUGCUCCUUACUUCGUUGCUGAAGAGGGGAAAGCCGAUGUUGCAGCUGUUGCCGAUCAUGUUGAACACAUUGCUGCUAUCGCUGGGAGGAAACACGUCGGGAUCGGUAGCGACUUCGAUGGUAUAAGCUCUACGCCCAAAGGUCUCGAAGACGUCUCCAAGUACCCAGCCCUCAUUGCUGAACUCUAUCGUCGAGGCUGGAAUCGUUUCGAGUUGUCAGGUCUCACGGGAAGGAACCUUCUUCGUGUGAUGGCUGGCGCUGAGCGUGUCGCACAAGAUUUACAAGCGAUGGGCUUGGAGCCGAAAUAUGAUGUGUACGACAAAAGACUAGAUUUGUAGUAAGCUAUGUAUGUAGUUCCAUUUUUCGUUUCGAUGCUUGUCUUUCUGGAUUAUCUGCAUUUUGUCACGUUAUAUUCUGUUGUUUGAAUGUUGAUGGCCAAAGGGUUACAUAGUUCUCCUUGAGCUUCUAUACACACUGCUUUGUAAGAUUCUGUAAAGCUCACAUCGGAUUGUAUGACUGUAUGCUCAGUUUUGGCCUCCAGAAUGGCCAACUCGAUGACCUUCAAAGCCUCAAUAUGUGCAAGCACGCGUAGAUUUAAC